UAUGGAACCAACAAAGUCGUCCCGCAGCAAUCAUCGCCCCUCUCCUUGGCAUGGCAACUGGGCUCGCCGUCUGGCUCGGCAGCGCAAAAGCAUUAUACGGAUCUGUAUCCAUCGCCAGUACCGGCGAACUGCUUCCUUGUAUGUACGGCUGUCUCGCGUCUACAUUCUCUCCUCUUCCAUACUCGGUCUUGAUCACGAUCAUCAAGCCUCAAAACUUUGACUGGAACGACUUCUUGAAAGAGAAAUUGGCGUUUGGAGAUUCAUCUUCGGAAGUGGUGGAGCAGGAAUAUACAACGGUAUCCGUAUCCGAAGACGAUGAGCCUACUUCAAGAACGGAUCCUAGAUGGCUGCCGUAUAUGCGGAGAUGGACAUUGAUUGCUGCUAUUUGGAGUGCUGCUACUUUUCUGGGACAUUGGGUUCUUUGGCCGCUGCCGAUGUAUGCUGCGAGGUUUACUUUUUCGAAGAAUGUAAGUCUACCCAUGAUCUCUAUAACGCAAAAACGGUUUCUAAGAAUCGGUUUGCUCGCAGUUCUACUCCGCUUGGCUUGUGAUAGCUAUUAUUUGGCUGUGGGCAACGCUCUUCGUUGCGGGGUUCUUCCCGAUCAUUGAUGGACGGCGGCAAAUUGUUGCUAUUUUCAAUGCCUUGCGGAAGAAGCCACGCGCGGAGCAAACAGGGAGGAGCGCAUCGGAAGAUGAAGUCUCGAGUGGUGGUUCUGGUGAAAAGGGUAAUGUAGUUGCUGUUCCAGCACGGUUGUCGAAAGAAUAGAGCGCAAAAAAAUAGAAACAGGAUUCUUGAACGAGUCAGAGAGCUGAUAAAGCGUUAUAAGCGUAUGGAUUGAAGUAGAUAGACGAUACAUAGAAG